AUGCUAAGCAGUUGUCGAGCGUUGGAACCGAAAACGUUGCGAGUGUGCGAUUGCUAUGUGGCCGAUUUGACUGGCUCGGAUAUGUUGAGGUUGAUGAAGCUAUGCGGUUCGCAUCUUAUCGUGCUCUCCUUUAUGAAUUUAGCCGGUGUGCACAGUUCCUUAUUGUGUGAUGAACUAUUUUCGACGGCCACCUAUUCGGGACUCUAUGUGUUGAUGAUUCAAUCAAUUGAUUUUCACUUCUCCGUUCCGUUGCGUGAUCAAUAUCUGCAAAUCAGCGACGUUACGCUGGCUCGAUUACCGAGUACAAUGCGUAAAGUGAAACUGGAGAAGUGCGCGAAUAUCACCGCUGAUGGAGUUUGUCAAUUUGUUGAGCGUUAUUUCGGUAACGAACCGUCAACGUCUUCAAAUGCGCAUCGAUCAAGUGAACUCGUUUUCAAACAAUGCGAUCAACUGACGACGGCUUCGUUUGAACGCGAAGCACAACGGCGGCGGAUUCCAAUCGAAGGACACGAUUCCGAUGAGUACAUCAUGAAGUGGGUGAAAAGAAGGCAAUAUCAUAUCAGGAAAGCAAAUGAACGAAGGGUCAGCUUCACAUUCCACUUUAAUCAUAAUGCUGUACGAUCAUAUGCACAGUUGCUCUCAGUUGAGAUUGACAGCUAUCGUCCGACUCGAAGUGGCAUUUCAUCGCCGGCAAACGUCGACGAUUUGUCUCGGAAUUCAGUUCAUUCGAUCGCGACACUUGGGAGCUUGUAUCCAGACAGUCUACCAGUAGUGGUACUUCGUGAUCAGAUAAACUGCAAGAUUGCCGAUCUAGACUCGAAAUGUGAACUGGAUGAACAAACCAUUGAAGCGGCACCACCGACCACAAAAACAAAACUGAACAAGCAACUGAUAUUGCUGAAUCCAAGCAGUUGCCUUCGUAAUGCCAAUAUCAUCAGACCUUUCAAUAGCUGCUUAUUUUGUGCUAAUUAUUCCACGUAUGAGACGAAUUUUCCCCCACAUUUCCUCGUCAAAUCAAGGGACGGUCUCUUCUUCCAACCAAAUUCAUGA